CUUUUACAACGCUCCGUUUACGUGCGGGAGUUUCUUCUACGCUUUGCUUUAAAUUUUAAGUUGAAGAAGUUCUCUAUAAUCCUUUCUCUGAGGUUCACAAGGGAGCUAAGUGAAUGGUCCACCUGCUUCCUCGUACAUUGACAGUGGGAUGUCAAGAAGCCAUUGGUCCUUAUUCAGUGCUCCUUAAACAGGUGCUCUCUAUUUUGCAACAGCAGGAAGGAACUAAAAUCUUGAGGAAUACAGGAGUUUUUCUGUGAAUACUUCGGAUGAUUCCAGGCUUAACUUCCGUAGAACUACUAAAAAUGUAAAUGCAGGUUUUAUUUUUACAAUUCCGGCCUUCAGUACCUAUCCCACAUCUUUUAAGAAUCUCCUCAGCCAGGGAACAGACUCAUUGAUUUAAGUGUAACUGAUGGGGAAACUGAGGCAAAGAGGUUAAAGGAUCUCUCCAGGGCUACGGAGUGUGUUGGCGUCCAUUCCCAUUCCCUAGGCAGGUGCACAGACUAGUAGACUUCUCUGCUCUGACUGCAGCAGGGAAGUGGGACGCCCCUUUGGCAAUCUGUCAGUGCCAACCUGAGCUGCAUCCUUUCACUGGGUAUUUUCUAAGCUGACUGACAGUCCUUAAAACAAGUAUGCAGUUAAGCUGCUAAGGGAACACGCAGAGCUGACUGCAGACUGUGUUAUAAAAUAAAUGUGUUUAAUGCUCAUUUUGCAGAGAUGGAGGAAGCUAGUUUGUGCCUUGGUGUUUCUUCAGCUGUGCCAGAAGCUGACGCCCAUCUCAAUAGCACCAUACUCAAUGGACAGUAUUCAAUGAGCCAGAAGCUGCAUCAGAUCACUUCCCAGCUCAGCCAUGCCUUUCCGGAGCUCCAGAACAGGCAGAAUCCAGAGGAGAAGGCAUCAGUGCCGCUAGAAGACAAAAGCCACAUGUCCAUAGCGAACCAGCCCAUCAGCAGUCAGAUGGCAUUGUUAGCAAACCAGCUCAACAGAGAGGUUGACACCAGUUUGAAUGGACGCGUGGAUCUGCAGCAGUUCUUAAAUGGACAAAACCUUGGGAUUAUGUCUCAGAUGAGUGAUAUAGAGGAUGAUGCCAGGAAGAACAGAAAGUACCCGUGUCCCCUCUGUGGGAAACGCUUUCGAUUUAACAGCAUCCUGUCACUACACAUGCGCACUCAUACCGGAGAGAAACCAUUUAAGUGUCCAUACUGUGACCACAGAGCAGCUCAGAAAGGCAACCUAAAGAUUCACCUGCGCACUCAUAAGCUUGGAAACCUUGGCAAAGGCCGUGGAAGAGUCCGAGAAGAAAACAGACUUUUACAUGAGCUGGAGGAGAGAGCAAUUCUUCGGGACAAACAGAUGAAAAGCAGCCUCUUGCAGCCACGGCCUGAUGUGAAGGCACAGCAGCAUACCCAGCCCAUGCCUCUUGCAAACUGUAACUUGUCUGUGCCAGCUAAUCACAGCACACCUGAUAUUUCAAAUCCUGUUCCCUCUCCAAAACCAGUCAGUGUCCAGGAAGAAGUAGUUGCUCAGACGGCUGGGUUCAGGUGCACAUUUUGCAAAGGCAAAUUUAAAAAGCGUGAAGAGCUGGACAGGCACAUAAGGAUCCUGCACAAGCCUUACAAGUGCACCCUGUGCGACUUUGCUGCCUCGCAGGAGGAGGAGCUGAUCAGCCACGUGGAGAAGGCUCACAUAACUGCAGAGUCAGCACAGGGCCAGGGCUCCAAUGGGAACGGGGAGCAAUCCACCAAUGAGUUUCGUUGCGAGGUGUGUGGCCAGGUAUUCAGCCAAGCCUGGUUCCUAAAAGGCCACAUGAGAAAGCACAAGGAUUCCUUUGAACACUGCUGUCAGAUCUGUGGGAGGCGAUUCAAAGAGCCUUGGUUUCUUAAAAAUCACAUGAAAGUUCACCUGAAUAAGUUAUCUGUGAAGAACAAAUCUCCUAAUGAUCCCGAAGUACCUGUCUCCAUUGGCAGUAUGUCCCAGGAGGCUCAUGCAAACUUAUAUUCAAGAUAUCUAUCAUGUUUGCAGAGUGGGUUUCUUCCUCCAGACAAAGCAAGUUUAAGUGAACAAAAUCAAAUCUAUAACAAAGGAGAUAUGCCCAUGAAAGAAAAAGAAGUCUUGGGGAAACUCCUUUCACCCAUUUCUAGCAUAGGCCACAGUAUUGCUGAAGGGGAUAAACAUUCUUUAUUGGGCUGUCUCAAUCUGGUGCCUCCUCUGAAAUCCAGCUGUAUAGAAAGGUUACAAGCUGCUGCCAAAGCAGCAGAGAUGGAUCCAGUAAACAGCUAUCAGGCCUGGCAGCUUAUGGCAAGGGGAAUGGCCAUGGAACAUGGCUUUUUGUCUAAAGAGCAGCAGAUACAGCGCAGCCAUGAAGACACUUUGGCAAAUGCGGGAGUUAUGUUUGAUAAGGAGAAGCGGGAGUAUGUGUUAGUAGGAGCAGAUGGCUCUAAGCAGAAAAUGCCUGCUGAUUUGGUUCGCAGCACUAAAAUGGGCAAUCAGAGAGACUUGCCAAACAAACUAGACCCUUUAGAAGGCAGUAGAGAUUUUUUGUCACAUGGUAUGAACCAGGGACUCGAUUACAACUUACAAAGUCAUGGAAACGUAAAAGAAAAGCCAACUGAAUGCCCUGACUGCGGAAGGGUUUUUAGAACAUACCACCAAGUGGUCGUUCACUCCAGGGUCCACAAAAGAGACAGGAAAGGAGAAGACGAAAUAAUUCAAGGUAGUCUUGAUGAGCGACGUGGGUCUGGAAGCGAUCAAGAGUCUCAGUCUGUCAGCAGGUCGACAACACCAGGGUCCUCUAACAUUACUGAAGAAAGCGGAGUAGGUGGGGGUCUUUCGCAGACGGGGAGUGCCCAGGAGGACAGUCCACAUCCUUCCUCACCCUCCUCUUCAGACAUUGGAGAAGAAGCUGGGAGAUCUGUAGGAGUCCAGCAGCCAGCUUUACUGAGAGACAGGAGCCUUGGUUCUGCCAUGAAAGACUGCCCAUAUUGUGGAAAAACUUUCAGAACAUCACAUCACUUAAAGGUCCACUUGAGAAUACAUACAGGUGAGAAACCUUACAAGUGUCCGCAUUGUGAUUAUGCUGGUACUCAGUCUGCAUCCCUCAAAUACCACUUGGAGCGACACCAUCGGGAGCGACAGAAUGGAGCAGGACCACUCUCGGGGCAGACUGCAAAUCAAGAACACAAGGAUGAAACAUCAAGUAAAAGUUCUGUGUUUAUUAGACCAGAUAUAUUGAGAGGAGCCUUUAAGGGCCUUCCUGGUAUUGAUUUCCGAAGUGGCAUGGUCUCACAGCAGUGGACAUCAGGAAUGCUUUCUUCUGGAGAUCAACAAGGACAAGCAGCUGGCAUGUCAUCUGAAGUAUCUUCAGAAAAUAUGAAGGGUUCAGAGAUAUCUUCCAAAGGAGCACACUUCUCUGAACUUGGCCGUGCUUAUCAGAACAUGGUUGGGAAUGGAGUGAACUUCCAAGGGUCUUUGCAAGCUUUCAUGGACAGCUUUGUCCUAAGUUCCUUAAAGAAAGAAAAAGAAAUGAAGGAUAAAGCCCUAUCAGAUCCACUUUCAGCAAAAGCUCUCGGCUCAGAUGGUGGCGAGGAAAAGAUAAAUAGCAAGUCCUCACAGCGAAAAACAGAAAAGUCACAAUACGAACCUCUUGACUUAUCUGUAAGGCCAGAUGCAGCCUCCCUCCCAGGUUCCUCUGUUACUGUGCAAGACAACAUCGCUUGGCAUGGCUGCUUGUUCUGUUCCUUCACAACUUCAUCUAUGGAACUAAUGGCUCUGCACCUCCAGGCCAAUCACUUGGGCAAGGCUAAACGUAAAGACAACAUCCUAGGGAGCAACAAAGACCAAUCUAGAGAAGCUUCAACCUCAGUUAAUAAAGUGAACUUGCUCCCCUCUUCAGUGCAGUCCAGCAAGGAGGCAGUAGUUUCAAACAUGCUUAGCCAGCUAGACUCCGCUUCAGAGAAAAUGACCCAAGGACCAAAUAAAGAAACUCUGGGGGAGCAAAAGAAUACUGCCUGGCCCAGCCACAUGGAGUCUACCUUUUGUAAUUUUACAACAGACUUCUAUAAGCAGUUUGGUGUUUAUCCUGGUGUUAUUGGCACAGGAGCACAAAAUUCUUGCACCAGUAAUGAAUCUGAAGCAAAAACACAAUCCGAAGAUGACCCAAAUAUUCUGCUCUCUGACUCUGUAAAUAAAAGUGCUACUGAUGACCUUUCUGACAUAGCUUCAUCUGAGGAUAUGGAAUCUUCCAAGGAAGAAAACAUUGAAGAUGACGACAUUGAAACAGAACCAGAUAUCAUGAAUAAGCAACUGUCUGCCCUAAAUAAAGAAAGCAGUGAAGGAGGCGACAAUAUACAAAGUGCAGUCACCUCACAGUCAACACAAGGGCUCGUAUCUCCACUGCCACAAGCGUCAGAAAAGCAGUGGCACAGUCAGAAUCUUCUGUCCUCUCAUGAAACUGCACAAGGAGUGAUGAAACCCGAACAAGUUCAGGGUCCACAGGUCCUGGAGAAGCAGAUGAACAUGUUGUCAGUCCUAAGAGCUUACAGCUCUGAUGGCUUAGCAGCCUUUAAUGGACUUGCAAGUAGCACAGCAACUAGUGGAUGUAUCAAGAGACCUGACUUGUGUGCGUAACAGCCCCAUUCCAUUUGUAUUUGUGGAGGUGGAAGUUAACCCCUAAACUAUCUGCUGCAGCCAAGCGCUGAGUCCCUCGUGUUCCCAGUGACACGGGAAGGCAUUGCCGCUCUCCUCGCCCUGGCUCCGAGAGGGGGAUUGUGUUUGCAAACGGAGGCCUGGGCAUCUGCCUCGAGUUCAGACAUCGGUGGCCAGCCGCACCAGGGCAAACCCCCAGCACAGCAAGGCUUUUCUUUACUUUGCAGAGACAAAAUAACGACGUAAGCUUAGAGCUGUAUGAUUUUACUCCAAGGUUCGUCUCCUGAACAAUAUAUUCUCAUUGUUUUCGUCAUAUCCAGCUCAAAUUUUAAUUAUAAUUUAGGAUUAGGCAGAGGCAUAGAGAUGUUUCCAGAUCUUUCCAGCGUGAGACAAUGCUCUGAUUUGUGUUUUGGUUCAGGAAUAUAUAUAUAUAUAUAUAUUCUUGUGUCUGAGGUAUAGUAUUUCCUAUAACUACUCAUAAACACAAACAAUUUAGACAUCCUUGUAAGUCAAAACUAAGUGUACAAUUAAUACCUAUUACGAGGCCAAUUUUAAACAAUUAAUUUGACAGCAAUUAUAAUUUUAUUUUACAGGCUUUCAGAAAUAAAUAACCAAAUUCAUCUUUGCAAUUUAAGGAACUUAGAAUAUCUUUAUGCAGAGAUGAUCUUGUUAUGCACAGUAUCGCAUACCUGGCGUUUCCAGGGUUUUCUCCCUUGUAUCUAGAUAACUGUAGUACCAAGGAUAAAUGAUUACCUGAGGCUUAUUAAUUGUUUCAGCAAAGGCAAAAAUUAUAUACCUUAAGUGUAAGCAUUAAUAUAUGUAUACACAAUACAUCCACAAUAUAUAACAAACCAUCAUAAUAGUGCAAAAAUAGAGGUCUUGAAUAUGUUCUGUUAUUUAUGUGUUUGGCAAGCUUAGGGAAUGGACUUUAGUAUGAGUGAAAAUUCUCUUAACGUUUUUAAGGUUAUUUAUUGUCAUUUCUAUUUGAGUUUUUAAUGGUCCUGUAUUUUGUAAUGCUUUAGCAGGAAAAAAUACUGUAGUUAUCUUUUUUCAUAUUCCUUAAGCAAUAUUUCUAGCUUAAUAUAUUGUGCCAGGUUUUCCAAUAUUAACCAAGAAAGACAGUAAAAUUCAAUGAACAGCACUCUGACAUCCACAAUUUAAAACCUGUGAUUGAAGUGAAAUGUGUAAACUUCUAGUGGGUUAUCAUGUGCUUUGGAAUAGAGUAUUGUUGGAAGUAAUUAGAAAAUAUAUUAAGGUUUCCUGGUAAUGAAGGUAUGUAAGUUUUAAUAAUUGUUGCUUUCUGAAUAAGUGUCAAACUAUAUCUUUAAAUGUAUAUGGAGUUACAAGUUAGGUCACUUCUGAAUGGAAUGUAAAACAAUACUAAAAUGCUUCAAUAACUUAUCUCAGUGUUGCUAAUAAAAAAAAAGCUGUUAACCAUUA